GUAGUUCCUUUAUGGUAAAUACUAACUUGAAAUAUAAUAUGAAAUAUACAUUUGGAAAUUCAUUUAUAAUUAUCAGCUAGAUAGAUUUUUAAAACUACAAUUAUGUGACGCCCCUAUUGAGAUGUAAUCAAGUCAGAAAACAGUAUAUUUUUUAAUAUUGGUCAAAUAAGUCAUUGCUGCUUGUUACGCUAGCCAGCCGGCAAUAUGGCAGCGCCGUCAGGGACGCGAUAUUCAGAAGAUAACUCUCCUGGUAUGGGGAGUUUUCCGUUUUCACAAUCUGACAAACCACAUGAAGAAAAUAAAGAACAAGUUGAACUCGGAGGUUCAAAAAAGAAACCGUGUAGAGCUUGUUCAGAUUUUAGAACAUGGAUGAAAGUUCAGAAGAAACAGACGUCCUCAGUCACGGCACAGAAUACCCAGGCAACUGAGGAGAGUGAAAAACCUGUUGAGUGUCCCCUGGAUAGGGAAGAACUUGGGAGAAGUUCAUGGUCUCUUCUCCACACUAUGGCAGCCUACUACCCUGAUAUACCCACGACGACACAGCAACAAGAAAUGACUCAAUUCAUCAGCCUGUUUUCAAAGUUUUUCCCCUGUGAAGAAUGUGCUCAAGACUUAAGGUCCAGGUUGAAAACGAGCCAGCCAGACACCAGCAGCCGCCACAGUUUCUCACAAUGGCUAUGCCAUCUCCAUAAUGGUGUCAACGUCCGUUUAGGCAAGCCAGAGUUUGACUGCAGCAAAGUGGAUGAGCGGUGGAGAGAUGGAUGGAAAGAUGGCUCUUGUGAUUGACAGCUUCAAACAAUGCAGAAUUACUAAGGAAAAUUGAAAUAUUGAAUUAUUUGACCUUACCAUAUGUAAACUUUUUAAAUAUGGUACGUUACACAGAAUAUAUUUGGCUUAAUAUAAUGAUGACUUAUAUUUUCAUUAAUGUCUUUGUAAUUCACAGACUGUUUACAUGUAAGGAUUAUGAGACAUGACAUUGCUGCUUAUUAGUGUAUAUUGUGCAUUCCAAAAUGCACAAAAUUAUUGUGGUCUCUUGUAAGCAACAAAAUGCAAUAAAUUGUUUUUUCGAGUCAAUGAUUAAAAAUUUGGAACGUCAUGA